UUACCGUUGUCACUGUUGUCACCGUUGUCACCUUUGUCACCUUUGUCACCGUUGUCACCGUUGUCGCUGUUGUCACUGUUGUCACCAUUCUCAGUGUUGUUAAUGUUGUCACCGUUAUCACCAUUGUCACUGUUGUCACUGUUGUCACCGUUGUCACUGUUGUCACUGUUGUCACCGUUGUCACCGUUAUCACUGUUGUCACUGUUGUCACCAUUGUCACCGUUGUCACCGUUGUCACUGUUGAACCCGUUGUCACCGUUGUCACCAUUGUCACUGUUAUCACCAUUGUCACCGUUGUCACCAUUGUCACUGUUAUCACCGUUGACACCGUUGUCAAUGUUGUCAUCGCUGUCACUGUUGUCACUUUAGUCGCCGUUGUCACUGUCAUCACUGUUGUCAUCAUUGUCAUUGUUGUCACCAUUGUCACGGUUGUCAGUGUUGUCACUGUUGUCACCGUUGUCACUGUUGUCACCGUUGUAACCCUUGUCACUGUUGUCACCGUUGUCACCGUUGUCACCGUUGUCACCGAUGUCACUGUUGUCACUGUUGUCCCCGUUGUCACCGUUGUCACCAUGGUCACUGUUGACACCGUUGUCACCAUUGUCACUGUUGUCACUGUUGUCACCGUUGUAACCAUUGUCACUGUUGACACCGUUGCAACCAUUGUCACGAUUGUCACAUUUGUCACUGUUGUCACCAUUGUAACUGUUGUCACUGUUGUCACCGUUGUCACCGUUGUCACCGUUGUCAUCGCUGUCACUGUUGUCACUUUAGUCGCUGUUGUCACUGUCGUCACCGUUGUCAUCAUUGUCAUUGUUGUCACCAUUGUCACGGUUGUCAGUGUUGUCAGUGUUGUCACUGUUGUCACCGUUGUAACCCUUGUCACUGUUGUCACCGUUGUCACCGAUGUCACUGUUGUCACUGUUGUCCCCGUUGUCACCAUGGUCACUGUUGACACCGUUGUCACCAUUGUCACUGUUGUCACCGAUGUAACCAUUGUCACUGUUGACACCGUUGCCACCAUUCUCACUCAUGUCACUGUUGUCACCGUUGUCACCGUUGUCACCGUUGUCACCUUUGUAACUGUUGUCACCAUUGUCAUGGUUGUCACCAUUUUAAUUCUUGUCACUGUUGUCAGUCUUGUUACCGUUCUCACCCUUUGUCACUGUUGUCCCUGUUGUUACCGUUGUCACUGUUGACACUGUUGUCACCGUUGUCACCGUUGUCACCGUUCUCACCGUUGUCACUGUUGUCACUUUUCUCGCUGUUGUCACUGUUGUCACCGUUGUAACUGUUGUCAGUUUUGUCACCGUAGUCACCGUUGUCACCGUUCUCACUGUUGUCACCAUUGUCAGUGUUGUCACCGUUGUCAUGGUUUUCACCAUUGUCAACUUUGUAAUGGUUCUCACCAUUGUCACAGUUGUCACUGUUGCCACAGUUGUCACCGUUGUCACUGUUUUAACUGUUCUCACCGUUGUCACUGUUUUAACUGUUCUCACCGUUGUCACUGUUUUAACUGUUGUCACCGUUGUCAUGGUUGUCACUGUUGUCACCGUUGUCAUGAUUGUCACCAUUUUCACCGAUAUCACCAUUCUCAGGGUGGUCAUCAUUGUCACCGCUGUCACCGUUGUCACCGUUGUCAUCGUUGUCACUGUUGUCACUGUUGUCACCGCUGUCAUGGUUGUCACUGUUGUCACCGUUGUCACUGUUGUCACUGUUGUCACCGUUAACACCGUUGUCAAGAUUGUCACCGUUUUCACCAAUAUCACCAUUCUCACAAUUGUCACCUUUGUCACUGUUGUCACCAUUGUAACUGUUGUCACUGUUGUCACUGUUGUCGCCAUUGUUACCGUUGCCACUGUUGUCACUGUUGUCACCGUUGUCAGGGUUUUCACCAUUGUAGCCGUUGUCACUGUUGUCGCCAUUGUUGCUGUCGUCACUGUUGUCCCUUUUGUCACCGUUGUCACUGUUGUGACCGUUGUGACCGUUGUGACCGUUGUCAGUGUUGUCACUCUUGUCACCGUUGUCACCAUUUUCACCUUUUUCACUGUUGUCGCCAUUGUUACUGUUGUGACUGUUGUCCCUUUUGUCACCAUUGUCACUGUUGUGACUGUUGUCACCGUUGUCACUCUUGUCACCGUUGUCUUCAUUGUUAGUGUUGUCACUCUUGUCACAGUCGUCACCAUUUUCACUUCUGUCACCGUUGUCACUAUUGUCACCGUUGUAACUGUUGUAACCGUUUUAACUGUUGUCACUGUUGUCAGUGUUGUCACCAGUGUCAUUUUUUUUCACUGUUGUCGCCAUUGUUACCGUUGCCACUGUUGUCACUGUUGUCACCGUUGUCAUGGUUGUCACCAUUGUAGCCGUUGUCACUGUUGUCGCCAUUGUUGCUGUUGUCGCUGUUGUCCCUUUUGUCACCGUUGUCACUGUUGUGACCGUUGUGACCGUUGUCACUGUUGUCACUGUUGACACCGUUGUCUUCAUUGUCACUCUUCUCACUGUUGUCACCGUUGUCACCGUUGUCACUGUGUCACCGUUGUAACUGUUGUCACCUUUGUCACUGUUGUCACCGUUUUAAUUGUUGUCACUGUUGUCAGUCUUGUCACCAUUCUCACUCUUUUUCACUGUUGUCACUGUUGUCACCGUUGUAACUGUUGUCACCUUUGUCACUGUUGUCACCGUUUUAAUUGUUGUCACUGUUGUCAGUCUUGUCACCGUUCUCACUCUUUUUCAUUGUUGUCACUGUUGUCACCGUUGUCACCGUUGUCACUGUUGUCACUGUUGUCAUCCUUCUCACUGUUGUUACUGUUGUCACCACUGUCACCAUUGUCACUGUUGUCACCGUUCUCACCGUUGUCACUGUUGUCACCGUUCUCACCAUUGUCACUGUUGUCACCGUUGUCACCUUUGUAACUGUUGUCACCAUUGUCAUGGUUGUCACCAUUUUAAUUCUUGUCAGCUGUUGUCAGUCUUGUUACCGUUCUCACCCUUUGUCACUGUUGUCCCUGUUGUUACCGUUGUCACUGUUGACACUGUUGUCACCGUUGUCACCGUGGUCACCGUUGUCACCGUUGUCACCGUUGUCAUUGUUGUCACUGUUGUCACUUUUCUCGCUGUUGUCACUGUUGUCACCGUUGUAACUGUUGUCAGUUUUGUCAACGUAGUCACCGUUGUCACCAUUGUCACUGUUGUCACCAUUGUCAGUGUUUUCACCGUUGUCACCAUUGUCACUGUUGUCACUGUUGUCACCGUUGACACUGUUGUCACCAUUUUAACCCUUCUUACUGCUGUCUGUGUUGUCACCGUUCUCACACUUUUUAUCACCGUUGUCACCGUUGUCACCAUUGUCACUGCUGUCACUGUUGUCACCGUUGUCAUGGUUUUCACCAUUGUCAACUUUGUAAUGGUUCUCACCAUUGUAACAGUUGUCACUGUUACCACAGUUGUCACCGUUGUCACUGUUUUAACUGUUGUCACCGUUGUCACUGUUUUAACUCUUCUCACCGUUGUCACUGUUUUAACUGUGGUUACCGUUGUCAUGGUUGUCACUGUUGUCACCGUUGUCACUGUUGUCACUGUUGUCACCGUUAACACCGUUGUCAAGAUUGUCACCGUUUUCACCAAUAUCACCAUUCUCACAAUUGUCACCUUUGUCACUGUUGUCACCAUUGUAACUGUUGUCACUGUUGUCACUGUUGUCACCGUUUUAACCGUUGUCACUUUUGUGACCGUUGUGACCGUUGUCAUCAUUGUCACUGUUGUCACUUUACUCGCUGUUGUUGAAGUUGUCAGUGUUGUCAUCGUUGUUAUUGUUGUCAUUGUUGUCACUGUUGUCACGGUUGUCACCGUUGUCACCGUUGUCACCGUUGUCACCAUUGCCACUAUUGUCACCAUUGUCACUGUUGUCACCAUUGUCACCACUGUCACCAUUAUCAGUGUUGUCACUGUUGUCACCGUUGUCACCGAUGUCACCGUUGUCAUCAUUGUCACCAUGUUCACUCUUGUCACCUUUGUCACCAUUGUCACGAUUGUCACCGUUUUCACCGAUAUCACCAUUCUCACGGUUGUCACCGUUGUCACCGUUGUCUGUGUAG